UGGACUAGGGGGUCGGAGACUUAGAGCUAGGAUCCGGAACAGUCGGUCCAGGCUGGAUUGGAGGCACGUCGAAGCCGUGAGCUCCGGAGGCCGCUACAGCACCGGCCCAGCAGAGGAAGGAAGCCGGCCGGCGGAGAGGUGCAUGAGAGCCAAACACUAUCAACAAGGCUGCUGUCUCGAAAGUAAGGGAGAUGUUCAAGGUGAAGCUGAGUGUGGAGUGAAAUCAGACGACAGAUGGACAGUGUGACAGGAGCUGCACAGAGGAUUGGGCCUCGCUGUGAGAGUCAGCCUAGAGUCAACGUGUUGACAAGUUGCUGAAAAGGAAGCCAGGAAGGACUGUGGCACACAGGAAGUGGAGCCCUGUCUGCAGUCACACCAUUGAUGGAGGACAGAUGGACAGCCGAAUGGCCAGUCAGCUCUCCUUGUAAGCCUUUGGAGAGUGGUCCUUUGUCCUCUGUUGGACACCUAUUAGGAUUUUUAAUACACUCUCUGAUUUCAUUUUCCAUUAAAACAUAAAAUUAGACUACAGUGCACAGCCAGACUCAUCUGUUGCAUGGUAACAGAUCUGCAAACAUGAGUGCUGAGGGGUACCAGUACAGAGCGCUGUAUGACUACAAGAAAGAGAGGGAAGAAGACAUUGACUUGCACUUGGGUGACAUAUUGACUGUGAAUAAAGGAUCCUUACUAGCACAUGGAUUCAGUGAUGGACAGGAAGCCCGGCCUGAAGACAUUGGCUGGUUAAAUGGCUAUAAUGAAACCACCGGGGAGAGGGGAGACUUCCCUGGAACUUAUGUCGAAUAUAUUGGAAGGAAAAAAAUCUCACCUCCUACUCCGAAGCCCCGGCCACCUCGACCCCUUCCUGUUGCACCAGGUUCUUCAAAAACUGAAGCGGACAAUGAGCAACAAGCUUUGACCCUUCCGGAUCUGGCAGAACAAUUUGCCCCUCCUGACAUUGCCCCUCCUCUCCUCAUCAAGCUCGUGGAAGCCAUUGAAAAGAAAGGUCUGGAAUGUUCGACUCUAUACAGAACACAAAGCUCCAGCAACCCUGCAGAAUUACGACAGCUUCUUGAUUGUGAUGCCGCCUCCUUGGACUUGGAAAUGAUCGAUGUGCAAGUUUUAGCAGACGCUUUCAAACGCUAUCUCCUGGACUUACCAAAUCCUGUCAUUCCAGUAGCUGUUUACAGUGAAAUGAUUUCUUUAGCCCAAGAAGUACAAAGCUCCGAAGACUAUAUCCAGCUGUUAAAGAAGCUUAUUAGGUCGCCUAACAUACCUCAUCAGUAUUGGCUUACACUUCAGUAUUUGCUAAAACAUUUCUUCAAGCUCUCUCAAACCUCCAGCAAAAAUUUCUUGAAUGCAAGAGUGCUCUCCGAAAUUUUCAGCCCUAUGCUUUUUAGAUUCCCAGCAGCUAGCUCUGAUAAUACUGAACACUUCAUAAAAGUUAUAGAAAUUUUAAUCUCCACUGAAUGGAAUGAACGACAGCCAGCACCAGCACUGCCUCCUAAACCGCCCAAACCCACCACUGCAGCCAACAACAGUAUGAACAACAAUAUUUCCUUACAGGAUGCUGAAUGGUACUGGGGAGAGAUCUCGAGGGAAGAAGUGAAUGAAAAACUUCGAGAUACAGCAGAUGGAACCUUUUUGGUACGAGAUGCCUCUACUAAAAUGCACGGCGAUUAUACUCUUACACUAAGGAAAGGAGGAAAUAACAAAUUAAUCAAAAUAUUUCACCGAGAUGGAAAAUAUGGCUUCUCUGACCCAUUAACCUUCAAUUCUGUGGUUGAACUAAUAAACCACUACCGGAAUGAAUCUCUAGCUCAGUACAAUCCCAAACUGGAUGUGAAAUUACUUUAUCCAGUAUCCAAAUACCAACAGGAUCAAGUUGUCAAAGAAGAUAAUAUUGAAGCUGUGGGGAAAAAAUUACAUGAAUAUAACACUCAAUUUCAAGAAAAAAGCCGGGAAUAUGAUAGAUUAUAUGAAGAAUAUACCCGUACUUCCCAGGAAAUACAAAUGAAAAGAACAGCUAUUGAAGCAUUUAAUGAAACCAUAAAAAUAUUUGAAGAACAGUGCCAAACCCAGGAACGGUACAGCAAAGAAUACAUAGAAAAGUUUAAACGUGAAGGCAAUGAAAAAGAAAUACAGAGGAUUAUGCAUAAUUAUGAUAAGCUAAAGUCUCGAAUCAGUGAAAUUAUUGACAGUAGAAGAAGGCUGGAGGAAGACUUGAAGAAGCAGGCAGCUGAGUAUCGUGAGAUUGACAAACGUAUGAACAGCAUUAAGCCAGACCUCAUUCAACUGAGAAAGACCAGGGACCAGUACUUGAUGUGGCUGACUCAAAAAGGUGUACGGCAAAAGAAGCUAAAUGAGUGGCUAGGCAACGAAAAUACUGAAGACCAAUAUUCUCUGGUGGAAGACGAUGAGGAUUUACCCCACCAUGAUGAGAAGACAUGGAAUGUUGGAAGCAGCAACCGAAACAAAGCUGAAAACCUAUUGCGAGGGAAACGAGAUGGCACUUUUCUUGUCCGGGAGAGCAGUAAGCAAGGCUGCUACGCCUGCUCCGUAGUGGUGGACGGUGAAGUCAAGCAUUGUGUCAUCAACAAAACGGCCACUGGCUACGGCUUUGCGGAGCCUUAUAACCUGUACAGCUCCCUGAAGGAACUGGUGCUACAUUACCAACACACCUCCCUUGUGCAGCACAACGACUCCCUCAACGUCACACUAGCAUACCCGGUAUAUGCACAGCAGAGGCGAUGAAGCGCUACCCUCUGAUCCUGUUCCUGAUGUUCAGCCACCCUGAGGCCUCUGGAAAGCAAAGGGCUCCUCUCCAGCCUGACCUGUGAAUUGAGCUGCAGAAAGGAAGUUGUCAGUCUUCAGAUGGGACUAGAGCUUUCUUGGACAAAAAAGAAGUAGGGGAACACUCGCAGCCUAGAGCUACAGGAUGAUCAGAUCUUUCUAAUCCAGUCUUAUUAUCUUUUUUUUUUUUUUUUUUUUUUUGGUUUAAUUUAAAGCCACAAACACAACACAAAGAGAAAAAGAAAUGCAAAAAUCUCUGCGUGCAGGGACAAAGAGGCCUUUAACCAUGGUGCUUGUUAAUGCUUUCUGAAGCUUUACCAGCUAUAAGUUGGGACUUUGGAGACCAGAAGGUAAAUAGGGCUGAGGAGCCCACACCAGAGAAUGCUGGGUCCAGCCUGGUUUAGCCUGGGUGUCGCUGUGCACAGUGGACCCAGACGCAUUGCACUGUGGAUUAUUUCAUUUCUUAACAACCGAACGAUAUGUAGCAGAAAGGCACUUUGCUCACGAGGGGCACCUUGGGAGAACAUCGGUUCAUGUAUGUUCAAGGGGAAAUCUGUUGUAGCAAAGUGCCGUAAAAUGUUUUGUUUAAACUUGUCAAGAUAAAAACAACCUACCAACAGAAAAAUGGAGCGUGGAAAACAGGAGUUAAAAUGACAUUAAGUAUAUAAAAUAUGUACAUAAUAUCGGAUGACUAACUAUCAAAUAGAUGGAUUUGUAUCAAAACCAAAUAGCUUCUUUUUUGUUUUGCUGAAGGCUAAAUGCACAGCGCUAUGCAAUUCUUAAUUUUCAUUAAGUUGUUAUCAGUUUAAAAAUAUACCUUCAGAAUAAGCUUUCCCCUUCCCAGUUUUUGUUGCUUGAAAAUAUUGUUGUCUGAUUUUUGUUAAUAUUCCUUUUGUUAUUCUUAUCCUUUUUUUAAAGAAGAAAUGUACACAAUGCCAGUUUUAAAAUAAUGGCUUCAGAAUUAAAACUAUGAAAUAAUUUUACAGUUUUUCUUGUACAGAGUACUUGGCUGUUAGCCCAAGGUUAAAAAGUUCAUAACAGAUUUUUUUUUUUUUUUUUUUUUUUGGACUAAGUGUUUUGUUGGGCAGUGCCUGAUAAGCUUCAAAGCUGCUUUAUUCAAUAAAAAAGAAAAGAAAAAGAUGUAUGAAUAUGACAAAGUAUCACUGAGUCCAACAAUGUUGUUAUAAGAUUUAAAAUACGGUACCUGGCAAUGUUUGUUUUAUAAUGAAUUGUGAACUUCUUGAAUCUGGGGAUUGGGGGGAGGAAUAGCCAGGGGCUGUAACAGGCAGGGUGGUGGGAGGGGUGGUAUGCACUUUCUCACAAUUCAGACAAGUGGCGAAUAACUGCAAAGUGAAGUUGCUUCUGCUUCAGUCUUUUCCCACUUUGACUUGAUAGUUGUUCUCAAUUAAUGAUAAUUACACACCUACUGUAACUCUAACCCAGUGCAGCUGGUCAGGUAUUUCAGUUCUGAUGGAAAAAGUGCUGAGAGUUCAUUUUGGGUUUCCUGGAACAAUGCUCCCCACCCUCCUUGGUUUAGCACACUGGUUUCAAGGUAUAAUCUGUGCAUUUAGAAAAUGUAUUUUUUUCCCCUCUCUUUUUAACAUUAGUUGUGACAACCAACAAAUGUUCAUUUUAGAAAAAGCAUGACCUGAGAAAAUCAUUUUAAUUGGAUACUUGUUAUUUUCCUAGCUAUCUAUUCAAUUUAGAACAUAAAGCAAGUAGACACAGGCAUCUGGUUGCUGCUCUGGGCUGUGUGGAGUUUCUUCAAGCUCGUUCAAGUCGUGGUGGUCAUUGCAGGAAUCCAGAUGACAGUCCUUGUCAUUCAUCCCAAUAAUUGUGUGUUGUACUUGAGGGUGGGGAAAGGAAAAAUUUUGUGGUGACAUCUUUCCAAUUUAGGGUGAGGAUGAGAGUCUCCCUCCCUGAUUUACAUAUGCAAAAGCUGUUACUGUUCAGCAGGAAUUGUACCCAUGGUGGAAGGGGCGAAGGCUGAUGAUGAUCAUGGUCACUACCCUGUUGGAUUAAAAUGGAAUCUUACAGUUUCAGUUUCCCUUUCUCAAUAUUAGAUUCACCCACAGCUUUAUUUCUCUUUUCUUAAAAUACUAAGGUGAGGGUGUUUUGUUUUAAUGUUCCUUUAAAAAAAUCGUUUGGAAGAAUCAGUCUAGCACCUGAGUUAAUCUCUGUAGAAUGUAUUAUUUUUCUUCUUUUUAUGAAGCUACUCAUUACUCGAGAGCAAAAGUCUUAUCUUUGGUCAGACUGCCGCCCUCAGACUUGACUCUUCUGAUCUGACCAUCUCCCUCUCAUUGCCAGACAAUUUAUGAUCUCCUGGUUUUAGUCCGUCUUUGCUUUAAAACUUCCAGUGGUGAUAUCCUGCCGCAUCGCAUAGAAGUUUGUUAGUUACAAGUAGUUGAUAAACUAGACUUGUGGGGUUUUGGUGUUUUUUGGUUUUUUUUUUUGUUUGUUUGUUUUUUGAUAGCACAUCAUAUAUGCUAUUAAAUACAAAUAACUUUUGUUUAAUUACUAAAAUACAUCUGAGGUCGGAUGUUUCAUUAAAAGCUACAGUGUUUUUGCUUCAACAUUCUGCAAAACAACAUGCUAUUUAGACAGUUGCCUCAUUUUUGUGUCUCACAAGCAGAAGUGCAAUAGAUUUUUCUUUGAACAGAAGACAGGAUUCGGUGUUCUGUGUGGCAGCGAAUUACAUCAGACCUAUUCUGUCAAAUGCUUUUUUGACCUAAGGUGGCAUGCACACCAAAUUUGUCCUUGUGGAUAUUUGACCAUCAGUGCUCUGUGGGUUCAGUCAUCUCCUAAUGUUUUCUGGCUCAUGACUAUGAAGGGAGACAGCAGAACCACUCCUGCUAUGUGAUUUUAUCCAUGCAUUCAUUUUUUUCCCACCCAAUGUAGCAUCCUAAAGUCAAAGCCAGAAACUAGGCUGCAGAGAGCUGUGAAAAGGCUAUAGAAGUGGGAGCAGUGGGACCUCAUACUCCAUACAAGAGUGAUCAUAACCAUGUGAAAAGGCAAAAGGCAUGUAUUGGCAACAUUUGACAAUGUCACGGCCCUGGGUAUAUGUAUAUAUGUAUAUGUGCAUGGACUGUUUCCAGUACACCUUUCAGCCAAGACAGAUCCACAGUCAUUGAGUUCAAGUACAUAACAAGCAAAUGUCUAGUGCAGUUCUUGUAUAUGUGUAUGGGUUGUUUUUUCCUUUGAGGUUGCUUUGUUUUGUCUUAUAAAAGGUGAAAAUUGUUGGCAAGUGAAGUGAGAAGUUCAUAAUUCUUUGGCUCUUUUGUUUUUAGAAGUUACUCCUUUUAGGGAGCAGGUCUAGAUGACUUAUCUUGGAAAUCCUUAUUUUCAGUGUGUCAAGUCAAAGUGUGUUUAUGUGAGCUGUCACUGUGGGGAACGAAUUACUUUGUCAUAUAGCUGGUUAUGAACUAGUAAUGUGUUUGGGAAGUCCUACUGAUGUUCCUUAUUGGGGAAAAAAGUUCUGCCGGUUUUAACAACUGCUUUUGCUAUGCAUGGUAUCCAAGUCAGUUGGAAGGCAGACUCUGCUAUCUGUUUGAAUUUAGGGUCAUUUAAGGAAGGGGCAGUUUAAAGCACAAUGCCUCACAUGGGACAAAGUUCCAAAAUGCCAAAUUAUUAUUUUUUAAAAAUCUAGUUAUAUAACAUACUAGUAUGAUGAGUGGGGAGGGAAUGGAAUUGGAUUAAUUGGAAAGACUAUCCAACUUAACAUUAAACUUGUCACCAUGAGAUAGCAUUAGCUGCCCAGGAUGCUGCUAUUUAAAAGAGGAAAAAAAAAAAAAAAGCAAAACAAAAAAAUCUCAUUUAUAUGUGUGUAUUUUUUAAAGCUACAAUCUGUUCGAUGUUUUUACAAAUCUGUUUAUAUGACAUUGUUAAAAUAAAGUUGGUCUUUUGACGAGAGGGAGGAUGUCAUGGUCAGUUGUAAUUUUGCCUUUACAAGGCACCUAGGGUGGGUGGGUGGGGGGGAGUGUGCCUCCUUGACAUUUUGUUCAAGUUAUAGAUUCAGUGGAGCUAUGUCUUGUUUUAAGUUGCUUUGAUGCAUUGUAUUAGGUCUUCAACAGAAUAAAGGUUGUUUUGAAACUUAA